ACGAAUUUCCUGGAGUGUAUAGAUAAAAAUGAUGGUUGUAAUUAUGAAGAAAAUUAAAGAAGAGAAAAUUUAAAAAGGACAUCGAGUGCAUAGAAAGACUUAUUUUAAGACAGCUUUUGUUGUGAUCGUCGUGAGAAAGAGAAAAAUAGCAAAGCAUAGAGUGAUGGAGGACGAGAAACAUAGCGAAGCCUCGCCGAAACCCCUUCAACCAACCCCUUUUAGUAUCGCUGAUAUUCUGAGCCGAAAAAAUUCUGGCGUGGAUUCGAGAAGAUGUGAUUUGGAGAAAAUCCAGGCCACCGUUUCCGUGCCGAUGAGAAAACAUAAUCAUGACUGUGAACGCGUGGAGAACGAGCAGUUCGACGGAAAUUACGAUCACGAUCAGGUGAUUCAUUAUCAAAGAUUGCCCACCCCAGAAUUGAACAUGGCACAUGAGUUGGAUAUCUUGAGGAGGAACUUGGCGCAAGCAAAUUUAUCAAAUUUUGGAGGCCUCCCGCACUUGAGCCAAGGAACUUUUAAGAAUCACUUCGAAACUCUGGGAAACCUGACGGCAUAUCAGUCUGUUAAAGAACCGGAAACUUCUCAUAGACAGCAGGAUGAAGCCUUGGACAUGAGUAAAAAUAAAUAUCUAGACGAGGCGGAGGACGACGCGUACGAAUCGCAAAAUUCAGGUCAAAGUUUGCAGAACAGAAAAAAGCGCAGCAGGGCAGCAUUCUCGCACGCGCAAGUCUAUGAACUGGAAAGAAGAUUUGCUGCUCAAAAAUAUUUAUCCGGUCCAGAAAGGGCAGAUUUAGCGCGUGGCUUAAAAUUAACGGAAACGCAAGUCAAGAUCUGGUUUCAGAAUCGACGGUAUAAAACCAAGCGGCGCCAACAGCAAGAAUUGGGAGCCCUCGUAAACUCUGGAAGCGCCAGGCGCGUGGCUGUACGCGUUCUAGUACAUCCGGACGAACAUUUGAGGGGAUUGCCUCUUCGUGGUUCCGGACAACUUCCCGGGCAAAUGUCGAGCUCACAGAUUCAUCCCGCGAACAAAGCGCUCAGUGGUUUCCCAUAUUAUUGUCUGCCAUAUCAUCCGCUACUUUGUCCACCCCUACAUGCCACUCAUGUUCAGGUACAAAGCCCGAUCACAUCCGAUUUCGAUCCAAACCAAAUCUCGAAAAUCAAGGACGAGAAGUGA